AUGCUCCUGCCCGGCCAGGGCUACGGCGCCUAUGCUGCCGAGGUGCCUCGCGACUCCGCCUAUGCUUUGGCCAUGAAUGGCGCGGGAUCGCUGGUGGCGGCGGGAUCCACACAGGGUGUGGCCAGCGUGGUGGACGUGCGCAGCGGGCAGGGCGUGAUGGCGCUCAAGGGCCACACCGACAACAUCAGGCAAGCUCUUCAUGCUGUGCUGGCGCUGCAGCUGGACGGCGAGGGCCGCCUGCUGCUCAGCGGGUCGGCCGACCACAGCGUGCGGCUGUGGGACCUGGGCCAGCAGCGCUGCGUGCAGACGCUGGCCGUCCACACCGACAGCGUGUGGGCGCUGGCGGCGGGGCCCGGCUUUGCCGCGGUGUACAGCGGCGGGCGGGACGGCUGCAUCUAUCGCCCCUCGGCGGCGGCACGCGCGCGGCUGGCGUUUGAUGGCAGUGCCUCCCACCCGGCGCCGCAGCAGCGGCAGCCCGCAGCAGCCACCCCCUCCAUCCCUCCCAUCCAGCACGCUGCCGUGCUGACAGACAGGCGGCAUGUGGUGACCCGGGACGCAGACGGCGGCGUUGCGUGCUGGGACUGGACGGCAGGCCGCGCGGUGCGCGACUUUGGGCGGGCGGAUGUGCUGGAGGUGGAGGCGUCCCUGUUCCAGCCCUCCCACUCCGUGUCCGCCUGGUGCGCGGCGGAGGUGAAGCUGGGGAGCCUGGGGGGCUGCAUGGAGCCGCCGCAGUGCUUUGGCGCCGAGAUCUACGCGCAGGAUUUGGGAGACGAGGAGGCUCCCGUGGACCUGAAGGUCAACUUUGGGGAGCAGAUGCUGGUGGCCCUCUUUGCCGGCUGGGCCGAGCGCCAGCGCGGCACGCCGCAGCCCGGCCAGCAGCAGCAGCAGCAGCAGGGAGGUGGCCCCGGCGCUGGCCCCGGCAGCGGAGGGGCUGGGCAGGGGGAUGCUGUGGCGGAGGGGGCGACCGGCGGGGAGAGCGGAGCCAUGACGGAUGCUGACGGUGGCAAGGCGCAGGGCGGCGGCGGAUCCGCCCCCUCCAGCCGCUUCAGCUUCCAGGGGCCCCUGGCUCCCGUGGUGAUGGUGAGCGGCGGCGGCGGCGGCGGCGGCUCGGUGCCCUGGCGCUGCGCCAUCGACGCCUUCACGGGGCAGGAGGACGUGCCUCAGUGGGUGGCCGACUGCGUGCUGCACGGUCGCUACCCGGUCAGCCGCGAGCUGAAGAUGGCCUUCCAGCUGGCGCCGCUGCCGGGCUCUCAGCUGCCGUCGCUGCUGCAGAGCAAGCUGAACGCGCCUCGGGUGCUGCGGGUGAACAAGGUUGCCGACUAUGUGAGGAGGAAGAUGGAGGAGCACGGCAUCGCGCUGAGGGAGGAGCCGCUGUUCUGGGACCCCGCCAAAGCGGAGCGCUGGCAGGCGGAGCAGGCUGGCACGGAUGGCGGCGGCGGCCUGGGAGCCACUGCACGAGUGCAUCAGCUGCAGCCAGUGCAGGCGGCAGCAGUGGGCGGGCCCCGCGGCGGCGGUGCUGGUGGGACCGGUGGCGGCGGCGCCGCCAUCAUCAUCACCUGCGGAGGCCACACCGUGCCUUGGGACUUCAGCCUGGCGGCGGUACGACAGUGGAUCUGGCGGCGCUCCGAUGACCUGGUACUGCACUAUUCUGUGCGGGACCAUGGCACCCCGCUCAGGCUGCCCGCCAUCCGGCCGCCUUCGUGA